CUGGACGUUCUCGGAUAGGAAAAACUUUUUGCAACGAGGGAAGAAAAUCUAGAAUUAUAAAGAUAGAGGCAGAGGGACAUCCACCAUUUCUUCUCCCUCACCCCACAACCCGCCUCCUCUCCUUCCCAAACGAGAAAGCAAAAAUGUUCGGGAGCAGCGACAAGAAGAAGAAGACGGACUCGUUCACGUCUUCCGUUGAUCAGCGCCCCAUCGACGAGGAGGCCCGCGUAACGCAGCGACGCGUCUCGGCCGCCGACCUGGGCAUCGACAACGAUGAUGACGCCGAACUGGCCAGGAGGACGGGAUACAAGGGCGAGUUCGCAAGAGAGUUCAAGAGCUUCUCGACGUUCAGCUAUGCAUGCAGCAUCAUGGGUCUUAUCUCUUCCGUCGCCACGACGUUCAACACGCCCUUCACGCUCGGUGGACCGGCCACGACGGUGUGGUCUUGGUUCCUCGGCUCGGUCAUGAACCUUUCCCUCGGAGCAGCCAUCGCAGAGCUCGUCAGCGCAUACCCUUCGGCCGGUGGUCUCUACUCGGCAUCAGGCCUCGUGGUGCCCAAGAAGUACCGCGCCGUCACGGCCUGGUUCACGGGCUGGCUCAACUUCACUGGUCAGAUCGCGGGUAUCGCAGGAACGGCGUACGGAUUGGCGCAGAUGAUGCUGGCCUGGGCUACCGUCGUCACCAACGGCUCGUACCUCCCUACGACGGCGCAGACGUACGCCGUGUAUGCGGCCAUCUGCAUUGUCCACGGUGCCAUCAACUGCUUCCCCACGUCGUACCUCGCAAAGUUCACCUCGACCUACGUCAUUGUCAACUUCACAAUGACAAUCGUCGCCAGCAUCCUCGUCCUGGCUCGCACGCCCAGCGGUGAGAUGCACUCGGGCCACUACGUCUUUGGCGAGAUCAUCAACGGCUCGGGGUGGACCAACAAUGCGCUCGCCUUCUUCCUUGGUCUCCAAUCGGUCCAAUUCGUCAUGACUGAUUACGACGCCACCGCGCACAUCUCAGAGGAAGUCAGCAAGGCCGCCAUUGCCGCUCCCGUCGCCAUCUUUACCGCCGUCUUCUCGACUGGCAUCAUGGGCUUCUUCCUCAACAUUGCCUUUGUCUUUGCUUCGGGCACCGUUGCGUUGGGAACCGUUGAUGACUGGAUCGGAGGUCUGGCUUUUGCCCAGAUCCUCUACGACCGGGGUGGACGCAUCGCUUUCCUCGUCACCUGGCCUUUCAUCUGCUCCGUCGCUUGGUUCGUUGUCACGACUGCUCUCCAGGCCAACGCCAGGUCGUUCUACGCCUUCUCGCGCGACAACGGCCUGCCCGACCGCGGCUUCUUCGCCAAGCUCAACAAGAAGACGGGAACGACGGUCAACGCCGUCUGGCUCGUCGUCUUCUUCUGCCUGCUCCUCGGUUGCCUCUCCUUUAUCAACUACACUGCCGUUCUGGCUAUCUUCUCGCUCGCAGCACUGGGCAUGGACUUGAGCUACAUGGUGCCCAUCGUGUGUCGCCAAUUCUUUGCCAACCACCCGGAAGUGCAGUUCGAGCCUGGUCCGUUCUACAUGGGCAACAGCUGGUGGGCACGCCUCAUCAACAUCAUCGCCAUCUUCUGGACCCUCUUCGAAUGCACCAUCCUCUCCAUCCCAACGGUGAGCUCCGUCGACAAGAACUCGAUGAACUACGCCGCGGUCGUGCUGGGCGCCGUUAUCCUCAUCACCGGCAUCUGGUACUUCGCCUAUGCGCACAGGCACUACAAGGGCCCAAGGAGCACGCUGAGCCCCGACAUGCUGCGAAAGCUUGGUGUCGUCGUCAACGACGGUGAGGAGCAGCCUCGCCUCCAUGCCGACGCUACUGAGGGCGACAGCGAGAAGCCCAAGGCAUAAGCCGUUCCGCUUCUUGUUCCUGUGCACAAUUCUCUUCGAUUUGUGUUCUAUUUACCAUUCGGUCUUUUUUCACUCUGUAUACUAAUACCUAGCAGGAGCAGCAGCAGGAGAGUAUCCUCGCUGACUGGAAGAAUUUGAUUG